GAAUUGGGGGGCCUUCUUCUCCAGGGAAAAGGAAAAAAAAAAAAAAUGAAAUGAAAUAAAAAUAAUAUAUGUAAACGAGCCCUCCAAUUGUAUCAAAUUUCCGAGAGAGUGAAGAUCAUCUUCUAUCUUUUAUCUUCGGCUAAUUUCUUGUAGGUGAAUAAAGAAAUGGCGGUGUUUGUGUUUGUGUUUGUCCGUUUCUAUUGAUUAUAAUAAAAUUUUGACAUCUCUCCUCACACGUUCUCACUUUACUGUGUCGUGUGCGCGUUUUCUUGGGACAUGAGCCUUUGUUUUUGUGCAGAGACAAUACCCAUCCAUGCACACACAUCGAUUCUCAAUAUCUUCUCUCUCUUUCUCUCUUGAAACCAACCCCCAUUUUUGUUUAUAGGGUUUUCUUUUUCUUCGAAUCCUUUGCCACUCGUGUUUUCUUUUUGGAGCCUUGAUCUUGUGUCCUGAAAAGCUGCAAUUUUUCUUUGAAAAUCCCACAACACCUUCUCUCUCUUUAAUUGUGAACAACGAAAAGAAUACAAAGGAGAUAAAGAAACCAAGAAGAAGCUGUUUCGUGAUCAGACCAAAAUGUCCCAAACUUUUGCUUCAAUCUGAGGCUAGAUUUGGGACCUUUCAUAUUUUUCUAAUCUUUGCUUGUUAAUUGGGUUUCUUUUGUUCUUUUUGAAAUUCUAGUCUAAUCAUUCAAUAAACCAAAUUCCCUCGAAGCAUAGAAUUUUUCUUUGCUUGUUCUAGGGUUUGUCUUUUGUUCGUUGUUUAAUAUGGAUUAUUCAUGCGAUUACCCUCUUAACAGCUACAAAUUUGAAAUCAAAGAAUACCCAUUUGGCCAUUUUCACCAAGAAUUGCCUCUCUUCGUCAGCCAUGUGGUUCCAGUCAUUUUUAGUUUCUUUUAAGAAUUUUGUCAAAUCUCUGUUCUGCUCAUUUCUUUCUCUGUUGUAUCUUCCAAUUUCGGUUGUCAAAAAAAUGGGUUGUGUUCAUGGAAAGUGUUGCAGUCGCUACCCGUCAUCAUCAGACGGUGAUUCUCGUCCUGAAGUGAGUCCGUACAGUUUCCAUGGCAAGCACGUGAUUGCACAAAGAACAAUAGAGUCUGCUCCUGUUCCUUCACAUAACUACAAAUUAGAGUACUCUUUUUUGACACAACGUGGGUACUAUCCGGACUCGCCUGAUAAGGAAAACCAAGACAGUUUCUGCAUCAAAACGCAAGUUCAAGGUAACCCAAAUGUUCAUUUCUUUGGUGUAUUUGAUGGGCAUGGUCAAUAUGGCACCCAAUGUUCAAAUUUUGUUCAGCAAAAAUUGAUUGAGGUAUUGGAAAAUGAACCCUUGUUGUUGGAUGAUCCUGUUAAAGCUUAUAAUGCAGCAUUUCAAACGGUAAAUAAUGAGUUACAUAUGAGUGAAAUUGAUGAUACAAUGAGUGGUACUACUGCAAUUACAGUUCUUCUUAUUGGGGAUAAAAUAUAUGUUGCUAAUGUGGGUGAUUCGAGGGCAGUGAUUGCUGUCAAAGAUGGGAAUAGAAUUGUUGCUGAGAGCUUGUCUCAUGAUCAAACACCAUUUAGGAAAGAUGAGUGCGAGAGGGUGAAGCUUUGUGGGGCAAGGGUUUUGAGUGUUGAUCAGGUGGAAGGGCUUAAGGACCCAAAUAUUCAGACAUGGGGUGAUGAAGAGAGUGAAGGGGGUGAUCCUCCCAGGUUGUGGGUUCAGAACGGGAUGUAUCCGGGGACGGCAUUUACACGAAGUGUUGGAGAUAGUACUGCUGAGAAGAUUGGUGUAGUUGCAGUUCCUGAGAUUGCGGUGGUUCAGCUUACUUCCAAUCAUUCAUUCUUUGUUGUUGCGAGUGAUGGAGUUUUUGAGUUCCUUUCAAGCCAAGCUGUUGUCGAUAUGGCGGCGAAGUAUACAGAUCCUCGGGAUGCUUGUUCUGCAAUUGCUGGAGAAUCAUACAAACUGUGGUUGGAGCAUGAAAAUCGGACAGAUGAUAUCACAAUUAUCAUUGUCAACAUUAAAGACUUUUCUAAUUCAGGUGCUGGUUCUGCUGACACAAGUGGAUACAAUCGUAGGCCAUCACUUCUGAAAAAUGGAAAGGCUGGUUCUGACAUGUCGACUCCUUCAGGGUCAGAAUUUUUUCGCUCGGUAAGAAGUGAUUUCUCAGACCUUCAGCGGACAGUUUCAAUUACUGAAAAUCAAGCUAUUACUGUUUCAUCUCUGACUCAUCGAAAGCCUGUAGAAUUGUGAUCUGGAUUGAAGGCUUUCAGAAGUUGCCUUGGAUACUGUGUUUAAUUUUGUUAAGUGGAUGUCGACUUCAGGCAGCAGAAGCCAUUUGUUCUGCAUAUCUUCACUGAUUCCAGGCUAGGAUGUCUUAAUGAUGUUACGGGGAAACUGUUACUAACCAGUAACCACACAAGAUGCUACUAGGAGAACAAAAUGCUCUCCUCAUAGCUGUAACCUGCUGAUUAAGAGAUAGAAGCGAAAUGAAAAGUUCGAAGAGGCUUUGGGCAGAUAGAACAGUUGGUAGUUGAUGAUCGUGAUGUGAGGAGAUGUGAAAUCGAAGAUAUGUUUCAUUAUGGCUGUAAAGUUGUUUGGGAUGUUAGCUUUAAAGUUAAAUUAUAUGUAAACCUCACUUGUGAUCAUCUCACCAACAUGAUGAACAUGGAAUGAGAGAUUUAACUUCCAGAGGUAUAUAUGAUUGUUAACAGCAUUUCCUUGGCAA